UUGAGAGCUUUUGUCUCCUCCCGGCUGCUCCCCGGAGACAGAAACGUGAUUUUAUGUUUACGAAGUUGCAGCCCUUUCCGUGAGCUCCAGGUGCCCGAGGACUUGGAAGAAGUGAGAGGCAGAGUUAAUGAGGUUGUUCAUCUCCAAGGAGGAGCAACACCCAAACUGCGGGGAAAUACGUCGUGCAGAAGAUUCGGAAAACUCCUUUUUUCCUUUGGAGAAGCUGAUUUCGUUCAGCAAGUGGGGGGACGGUGGAGAAAAUGAAGCCGAGUCCACGAUUUUUCUUAGCUGGUUUUCUGUCUUUGAUUCUGCAGACGGGGAUUUGCUAUGGGAUAAAAUGGAUAGCUCUGUCCAAGACUCCUUCGGCUUUGGCCCUGAAUCAAACCCAGCACUGCAAGCAGCUCGAAGGCUUGGUGGUUUCCCAGGUGCAGCUGUGCCGCAGCAACCUGGAGCUAAUGCAGACCAUCAUCCAGGCGGCACGGGAAGUGAUAAAGACCUGCCGUAAAACUUUCUCAGACAUGCGUUGGAACUGCUCUUCCAUUGAGCUGGCUCCUAACUACCUGCUGGAUUUAGAGAGAGGUACAAGGGAGUCAGCAUUUGUGUAUGCCCUUUCUGCUGCUGCCAUCAGCCAUACCAUUGCCAGAGCCUGCACCACCGGGGACCUCCCUGGCUGUUCCUGUGGUCCCAUCCCAGGUGAGACACCUGGACCUGGGUAUCGAUGGGGAGGAUGUGCAGACAACCUCAACUAUGGUCUUAUCAUGGGGUCCAAAUUUUCAGAUGCUCCCAUGAAGAUGAAAAAAUCAGGAUCACAAGCCAAUAAACUGAUGCAUCUGCACAACAGUGAAGUAGGGAGACAGGUCUUGAAAGCCUCUCUUGAAAUGAAAUGUAAGUGCCAUGGAGUUUCUGGGUCAUGCUCUAUCAAGACCUGUUGGAAAGGCCUUCAAGAGCUGCGAGACAUUGCAUUGGACCUCAAAAACAAGUAUUUAUCAGCCACCAAGGUCGUUCACCGGCCCAUGGGCACACGCAAAUACCUCGUGCCAAAGGAUAUUGAUAUCAGGCCGGUUAAAGAGACAGAGCUGAUUUACCUGCAGAGCUCACCCGAUUUCUGCAUGAAGAACGAGAAAGUGGGGUCGCAUGGGACCCAGGACAGGCAAUGCAACAAGACCUCCAACGGGAGCGACAGCUGCGACUUGAUGUGCUGCGGCAGAGGCUACAACCCCUACAUGGACAAAGUGGUGGAGCGAUGCCACUGCAAGUACCACUGGUGCUGCUACGUGACCUGUAAAAAGUGCGAGAGGACUGUCGAGAGAUAUGUGUGCAAAUGAAAACUCUCCGCCCGGGAGCUGAGACGCCAGCGGCACCCCAGCACUAUUCAGAGAAGAGAAAACAUUUCCCCGACUAGAUGUCGUUUAUCUUGUUAAGACAUGGACUUGAAGAAAGAUGGUAGGAGGAAAGAAAAGCAAUCACACCAGUAAAAAUAAGACCUUUGAAAAAAAACCCAACCAAACCCCCAAGUGUCGUCCCUCCCCAAUAAAAUGCUGUCUGAGAAGACAAAAAAAUCACUUGGGAUGGUAUCUUCUUCCAAAAUAUUUCCUAUGGUUGCCGAUGACGUCCAGCCAUCAAGUGCCUUAGUAUUUUGAGAAACAAAAGUAGAAACUUUCCCCGGGAAAGAAAAGCAGCUCUUGUUUGAAAAUAACUAAGGCUCACACCUGCCUGUGCCUUCUAGCACAGGUACUGAGUCUGCAUUAGGACCAUCCCAGAAGGGAAAAUGCUGCAACUUUUCAGCAAUAACUGCCUUUUUUUUGCCAAAGACUUAAUUUUUAGCAUGGAAAGCAUCCACUCCGAAUGAUAAAGGUGGAAAGAUUUCAGGUCAAUCCCCUGAAAUGAACAACUCAUUUUAACCUUUCUUUUACGCAGGUCUGCGACUUUGAAGUUACUGCUGCAGGAAAAGCUGUCCCUGAUUUUUCCAGACUGGAUGGGGUUUCAAAUUCAGCCACAAAAAAACUCCCGUGUGAUCCCAGAGGCAGUGAGAAUAGGGUACCCUGAGAAGGGCUUUAUGGGGUCCACAAGAUCGUAGCGGAGCCGUUAGGAUAAAGUAACAAAGCGAAGUCAAAAUCCAGUGGGGAAAGUUAAAAACAAAACAACCCAGCUCCUGCUCUCUUUCUCUCUUGCCCUUUGGGUGUGAUGCCCUUAGCCACCGAUGUUCUGCCACGUCGGGCCAUCAAGUCCUUAGGGAAUGACGCUGCUGCCUCUUUUCCCCCUGAAAACUCUUGGCCCAGCCCUAAAAAACUGCAGAGAGCGGAGCGGGCCCGGGCCCGGCUGCAGGGAGUGCAGCCUUGCAGGACAGCAGCUAUUCCUGCAGAAAGGAGUGGGAACGUGCCAGUCCUUCACGUGGCCCUGCCCUGACACAGCAGAGAACCACUAUCUGUGGCUGUACAUAUUUUCUUUUGUACGCGGACAUACAGAAAUAUUUAUAAGAUAUAUCUCGUGCUUUCGUCUACUUUACUUCCUACAUAAAUAUAUCUAUAUAUUAUAAACAAGCAUUAACAAUAGUAUGAAAUAAAUGCUGAAGUUACUGGUGCAACAGCAGAAUGCUAGAUUAUUAUGUUUCACUCUCCUACUUGGAAAGCAACCCUGCUUUCCCUCCCAAGGACAGGAGAAGAGUAUGGCUCGAAGCACUCGCUGGCGUGGGAUAGAUAAGUUCCUUUAUUCCCUGUCUCCCCAGCCUCUUCAUUUUGAGCAGAAUUAGCCAAGAGACGGUCAAGACAAUGAAACGGAGCACUUGGAGAAAGGAAUAGUCACCGUUCUUGUUUUGCUUUUUGUAUCAGCGAUCACUCUCAUCGGUAAAAUAUCCCGGUGACCCCAAGGAGCUUAAUAACAAACAUGACUAAUACCUCUCACGGGUGGUUUGCUCCUUGCUCCUGCGUGUGGAGAGGAGUUGCUGUGCAGUGGAGGUUUUAGCUUAGGUUAGGUUCCCUUUCUUGCUCUUUUUUUUUGCAACAGGCGUCCAGCUCUGUGUCCCUGUUAGGUAAGGUGACAUUGGAGAAGGAUGUCUGCUCCAGGAGCAGAAGGCAGCAGAGCCUGUGAGGUCCUUCAGAUCAUUUUUGGGCAACCCGUUCCCCAAGCAAAGUGCUGUAAGCAGCCAGAAAAUUACUCCUACACAAAUGGGGGAGGACAGUGCCACUUUCCGAGCAGGAAAUAUGUCCAUAACCCCGCAGUCUUCCUCCAAAUCCUGUUUUUUUCCCGAGCCAGCUGCUCUCUAGGAGUCCACUGCCUCUGAGAUGCCUCCGACCAGCCCUGGGGAGCUGGAGGAGAAAAGCAUUGUGGGCUAUAGAGCAAAAUUAGAGAUAUUUUGCACUCCUCAGCUACUUUGCUUUGCUGUAACAGGUUUGGUCUCCUUGCCUCCAUCCCUCCCCCAGCCACGAGCAGGCAGAAAGAGGCCUUUGGUAGUUUGUCAGUGGUUUGUGUUAUUGUCACCCCAUAAAAGCUGGUGGACUAAAAUGUCUCCGCAGUGCGGUGUGAUGAGCGGUAGGUGUCUUUAGGCUGACAUGCAGACAGGCUGGUGGCACAAAUCCCACUGCUCUCCAAAGCCAGAGUUUGGCUUCAUUUGAUAUGUAAAGAAACGGUCUAUUUUCAUUCUUUUAAGGAAUUUUAUUUUUAUUUUCAGUUUCUGAUGAAGCCAGCAAGGCAGGGAUGUUCUGACCGAAGAAAAAUUCGAGCAUUUCAAUGCUAUUCUGUAAUGACUCUUUUUCUUGCUCCCUUGCUGAUGUCCUGAGUCUUUCUGCUUGGCGAAAAAAUAGUGAAAUGGAAGAAAUGCUCUAUAUGCACAUUGUUUUCAGCUGCAUUUCACUCCUACGGUGUCGGGCCCAUAUUCCUCAGCUGCUUUUCCCAUGUCAGAAGAAACCAUAACUUUGCAGAGCAUGAAAAGAUGUGAGUAAGCCUACCAGGCAUCUGCAGGUCCAUCAGGUGGGAAAUGACCCCUCAGCAGAACUUUAACCACCGUGGUACCUCGUGUUUUGUGUCUGCCUCUGCCCACAGCUAUCUGUUACUGAAGAUGUUGAACUGAAAUUGUUGCAGUGUUUUGAGGUUUGCAUUUUGGGGCAUCCAGGUUCAAAAUCUCUGCUGGCUCCUCUAGAUAAUCCAUCAUGGGCUUUAUCUGAAUUUUGCUUCUUUGAGCUAAGAGUCUGUGUGGACCCAUCCCGUGUCCUAGGCUGUUGCUCUAUGAAUUAACACCACUACACCAGUUUUGCUAUAAUACCUAUGUUUCAGGGUCCUUUUCCAGAGCGGCUGCACCCUGCAUUAGCAAUGUGCCCAGGGUGAUGUGCCUGACUGAGAUGAGAGUCAUGCACAGGGCAAAGUCUGAUAAACUGCAGCUUCCCUUCUUACACAGCCCUGCUUCAUCCAGCAAAUUGGGGUCAUCUCCCCCCGAUGGUCUGGCAUUUUCUAUUUUUUUUUUUUUUUCCAGAAAAUGGUUUUCUAUGAGAGGGAGGCAGUGCUUUCUCUUUUCUUUUCUUUUUAAUACAAACUAGGAAUAAAAAGAGAGUCCGAAAGCAGGACACAUGGGACCGUACUGCUGGAACGACUCGUGGUGCAUCCUGCUCCUUGCAGCCUGGCUCUGAUGCUUCCCUCCUGGCAUCAGCAGCAAAGCACAGAGAGGUCAGAACAGAGAAAUGUCCUUGCUCUCAACUGCAAUGCUCAGUGCAACGGGAGUCCAAAAUGUGGCUGCGAAAUUAUUUUCUGUGCAUGUGUGGCCUGAAAGAUAUUUGGGAGAGCAUUCAUCACAAACCAGUUUUGCAAGGAAAAUAUAUCCCUAACGGCAGGGCAAGACCUUCAUGUACCAGUCUCCUUCACUCCCCAGCCCCUCAGCAACUGGUUUUCAGGGCUUUGCUCCAAAACACUGAGGUCUUUCAGCUUCUGAAUGACAUGGGUUUAAUUAUUGUGAAUGUCUCUGUCGGGUGAUGCUACAGUUCCCUCUCUCAUAACAUGCCCUGCAAGAUCCUAACAGCUGGUAUAGCUUGGCCCAGCUCCAUGUCCUACUACACAGCUCUGUUGAUUUACACUAGCUGGGAAAAUACAGCUGAUAUAGUCCCACAAAUACUAUUAUUUCAAAAUAUUACACUAUUAGCCUUGAUGGAAAAGGGUAAGCUAUCUUGAAAAGUAUUAUGUUGGUGGCUUUGUAGCAUUUAUUCAUUUGAAAAAAUAUCCAUGAUUUAAUAAAGCAGUUUGGACUUUAAGCUAUUUCCAAAUCUGAGGAUUUAGACCUUGCAUGCAUCCAGCUGGUUUUAUAUUUUUUGAUGAAUUCCCCCCCAUCCUCACCCUAUUCCAGUUUUAUAUAAUUUAGGUUGCUCCCUAAGGCAGGCAAAUAACAUUCAUUAUAGAAAACUCCCAUCCGACUGUUGGAUGGAAAAUAUCUUCGUCAUGCUAAAGCACGCAGCCCACGAGUGUUUCAUGUGCAGCUUCAAAAGCCCUUGCUGAGGGGAAGGGGCGUGUGGAAAGGAGGCAAAAAUCUGAAUACAAUUAACAGUGCCUUUGUCAGGAAAAUGAUAAAAGAGUCCCUGAGGGAACAUCCCUUUUCCUGCUACAAAACAGAUCCCUGUAGACAACCAUUAGCAUCCUCCAAGUGAGCUGGGCUUGCGCUGCCCAGCCCUGGGCUACCUGCUCCGGGAAGAUGCUGGGAGGAGGCUCUGGAGGUAUUUGGGGAUGUGGGGAGCAAGAGGAAAAUUCAGUCCUGGGAUCGCUUGUCCUUAGCACCCUCACCCCACCACGAAGGGUUUUCUUUCCCUGCAUUGGGCAGAGGUUUGUGAAACACCAUCGCUUCGCUCCCAAGAGCAGAUGGGAGCCAGCGCAGGAAUGACUUUGUCCUCUACACGUGGGAGAUGGAGCAGAAAACAAGAUUUGGGAGAGGGGGAGAAAGAACAGGAAACUUAAAAUCCACCUGAGAUUAAUGACUUUAACAUGUACAACAUGUUUUGUUUUGUUUUGUUUUCCCCUCAGGACCAGUUUCAUCAGUCAGACAGAGUUUGAUUAAAUAUCUCAGCAGAGCCGUGGUUUAUUCAUCUAGAGCAAAAGUUACCCCCUGUUCAGGGAAGCAGCGUUAGCUUUGUUUUCUAAUUAUAAGAGCAACAAUAAUAAUAAAAAUAAUAACAAUGGUAUGCAUUGUAGAUUGUUUUUAUUCGCUUUUUGUUAAGAGGAAGUGGAUUGUAUUUUGUCUGUAUUGUGAAGAUGAAAUGAGUUAUUUUAAAGAUC